CUGCGUUUCUACACCAUCUGGCAACACUGACAAGUAAGAAGUGCGCCAUUUACUUGAACAUUCUAAUCCGUCUAGGAUCAUGCCACCAAAACGGACCAAAAAAGCUGAGGCGCCAGUUGUGGAGCGGGAUGCAGCCGAAGUGUUGGAUCCCAAUGCGCCGGUGCUCUACGUAGAGCACUGCCGAUCCUGACGAGUCUUUCGUCGUCGAGCGGAGGAGCUGCACUCCGCUAUCCGGGAGCGCGGUCUCCAACACCUUCAGCUUCAGCUGAAUGCACUUGGAGCACCGCGGCGAGGAGCCUUCGAGUUGAGCUUAAGCGCCGGACUGGGGAAGCCGGAGCAGGUGGCACUUUGGUCGGGUCUAAAGCGGGGUCCACCACGUGCCCUCAAGUUUCCCACUGUGGAGGAGGUAUACGAUCGGAUUGUAGAAAUUCUGGGUGACCAGCAGAAGUCAUCCAAAAUUGAUCUACCGGAGUCCGAGACUGUAACAUCCCCAAAGAAGUCAGUGUCCACGGAGGAACCACAAACGAAUGAGAAAAAGGUACCUUCAACUUCCAAAUCCAAAGGGGAGCAGAAAUCCAAGGAAGAGCCACCUCAAAUCGACUCAAAGGAAGCAAAUCAAUCGAAAGAGUUGGCCAAAACAAAGAGACAGCCUAAAGCCCAAAAGAAGCCGGCAAAGGCAUCCGAAUCCCAAGAAGAAACCGCUGAAGAGAAGCCCCAAACCAGCCAGAAACGGAAGCGAACCACCAGGUCCUCCACAGACGAGGCUACUGUCACUGCCAAGCGGAAAAGGUAGUUGUGCCCAAAACGAAUCUUUCAGCAAUAGAGCCUUAUGAUCGAUGAUUGGCAAAUCCUUUCGAGGAACUUAUCAUUGAGAACCCUUUUGCCUUUGUUGAUUGCUUAGUUUUGGUGUGAAACCGCAAGAAAAACACUUGAGCAUUGUUAUUACAAAAUAUAUUAAAACAUCUUAGAAACCUA